AUGCAAUGGAAGAACGGUGAUACAACGAAUGGACAAGUUGUUGCUGGUGGCAAAGGCGCAGGAAAUGGAUUGCAUCAAUUGAAUGGUCCAACUGAUGCAUUAAUUGACAAAGAGACGGAUAGUCUCAUUAUCUGUGAUCGGUGGAAUCGACGAGUUGUACGAUGGCCUCGUCAAAGUAGUACAGCACAAGGUGAAAUACUCAUUGACAACAUCGAUAGUUAUGGAGUCGCUAUGGAUGAGCAGAGAAAUCUCUACGUUUCUGACGACAGAAAAGGUGAAGUAAGACGAUAUCAAUUGGGAUAUAGAAAUGGCACUCUCGUAGCGGGUGGAAAUGGGAUAGGUUAUGGGCUCAAGAAAUUCAAAGAGCCGAUAUAUCUCUUUGUCGAUCGAGAUCAUUCAGUGUAUGUAUCAGACAACAACAAUCAGCGUGCGAUGAAAUGGGUUGAAGGUGCGAAAGAAGGUAUUGUGGUCGCUGGUGGACAAGGCCUAUGGAGUGCUCUGACACAAUUGUCUCACCCUCAAGGAAUUUUCGUUGAUACGUUGGGUACACUCUAUGUAGUAGACUGGGAGAAUGAUCGUGUGAUGCGUUGGAUUCAAGGAGCGAAACAAGGCACUGUAGUUGUGGGUGGAAAUGGCAAAGGAGCAGGAGCAAACCAGUUCUACAACCCCAUUGGGUUGUCUUUCGAUCGACAUGGUAAUCUGUAUGUCGCCGAUUAUGGUAAUAAUCGUGUUCAACGAUUUUCUAUCGAAUAA